GUCCUGAUGCGCACAUCGAGAUCCUCCCUUUCUUCCCUUCUUCAUCAAAACAUCGACUCCCCCGCCCAUGAGCGUCAUCACGACGUCGCGCACGCACACAAUCCACGAAUACAUGUCUCGACCUCAAGUCCUCAAUUUCUUUCCGAUCUGGUCCUAACUUAUUCGACUUCUCUUUGAUCCGGUCAUAUCCCCCGUUUUCCGAUCAUGGCCACAACUCCUCCUCCCGCCGCGGCUACAACCCUCCGAGACUCGAGACAGCCGACUCCUACUUCUCCUGUCGCUCCUACGCCGACUACGGCUGUUCCUGUUCUUUUGACUUCUGCUUCCGAAUCGAGCGAUGAUGGAAUUCGUUUGAGUCCAGCGGCUGCUCGCCGCUUCGCCCGCCGCAACCUUCGCCGCACAUCCCCAACUCCCGACCUCGUCACUAGUCUCGUUCGGCCGCCCUCGCCAGAUACUUUUUAUGUUGGAGCACAAGUCUCGCAGCAAGUCAGACAAGAUGUCAGGGCCAGAAUUGAUCCUUCAUAUUCGGGUCUUUUGAUACCCAAUGUUAACUCGGAUCGUCGAACCGGACCUCUGCUUCCUCCACACCCAUCUUCUCUCGGAAUUCCCAAACGUUAUGGCGGAAACUGCAUCUUCGAUAUGUAUUCUUUGACAUAUGUCAACGAACCAGAUGCUAAUUUACUCUGUCCUAUCUGCCAUGACCCUCUGGUGGAUCCGGUUACAACUCCCUGCGAUCAUACAUUCUGCUAUCGAUGCUUGCGACAAAGCAUUGACUCGAGUCCUUCCGGAACGGCCUGUCCCAUUGACCGAGAGCCUUUGGCCUGGCCUAACUGCUUCAGCGCACCACGGCUCAUCCGCACUCAGCUUAAUAGUCUCAAAGUCAAGUGCCCUUACCAUGCACGAGGCUGCAAAUCAGAAGUUCGUCGGGAGGUAGUCGAAACACAUGCUUCGACGGAAUGCCGGUUCAAGGACUUCACCUGCCCCGGCGCUGAUUGUGACAAGAGAUUACGUUCCAAACCUGAAGAUGAUACUUGUCCCCACAAGGAGGAUAAAUGUUUACACUGCAAAGUGACAAUCGAGGCUACUGAUCGCGAACUGCAUUUGUUAUCAUGUCCGAACAGCAAAACUCGCUGUGAGACAUGCUGGAAGCUCGUAUAUCGCAGCCAGACCAAGGAACACGACGAAUUAGAAUGCGAAGGUGCUGUCAUCAACUGUCCAUAUAGCGAGCUUGGUUGUCCAGCUCGUGCGAUGCGCGGACAAAUGGAUGCUCAUACUCUAGCUUGCGCAUUCCACCCAGACACCCCGUCAGGCAUGAUAAUUCGCUCACAGCGAGAAAUCAUCGAUUCCUACACCAACCUCGGCCAACAAGUGCAGCAACUCCAAACUCGCCAGGACGAGACAAAUCAACGCAUCACAGAAUUCAACUCGUCUCUCAGUCGCCGGGGUGUGGGCGACUCGGUAAUGGGAGACAACCGCACAAUCCAAGACCUUGACGCUGGUUUCGAAGAAGUUCACCAGAACCUAACACACCUCGAGGCACGGCAGAGUAUGUGGACUAUCAACCAAAUCAUGCCUAUUCGCGAGGAGGUAACUGAACUGCGAAACAAUAUUAACAUGAUUCGAAUGCAUGUUAACUGGCUCCUGAACCGAAGCCGCGAAGAAGGCCGCAUAAGAGCAGCCGCGAGCUCUGGAUCCACGGCAACUUUGCAGAGGGACAGGUCGGUAGAAGGCCCUCGUCUCGCGGAACGCCGUCGGUCAGCUAGUGUCGAAGGAACAGAUUUGCCCCGUCUCGCCACAGCUCAGAAGCAGCCACUAAAGCCUCACCGCCCCACCUCGAACCUCAAACUAGGACCUCAGAUCCGCGCGAGACGUCUCGCCAAGCUAGGGACAUCAACGCCUGUGUCUGCCAAGUCAGAUGAGAACAAGGCUCCCGAUUCCGAAUCGUCGAACCCCUCGCGCACGUCAACGCCGAAGCCGCACCCGCACCCGCAGCCCGCAUCCGCUGAAUCACGGCCCAAGAUCAACGUCACUUCCGCCGCUCCGCCGGCAUCUUCCAGCCCGAACCCCUUCGACAAGCUAGGGGUGAAGGCGGAGCCGUCGAGUUCAACAGGUACUUCCUCUGUGAAUCGUAAAAGACUGGCAUCUGAGAUUGACGACGUCGUUCCAGCGGAUCGACCCUCCCCCAAGCCAUCCACCACUCAACCCGAGUCCGACGAAUCCUAUGCCGACCGAACAUUGUCACAGAUCUUCCGCAUCACUGUGGACCCGCAUAACAUGGUCAACAGCAGUGGCCAACGGCUGACAUUCCUCCCGAACCUAAACGAAGAACUGAACGAGUCCGGGGAGCCUUUGAAGCUGUCCGUGAACACGCUAGAUCAAGCGCUUAUGGAGGCGGCCAGCAGCUAUCCCCAUGAUAAGCCUCUCAUGAACUACUUCUUGCCAUGCUGGAAGCGUGCUGUGAAAGCCUCGCUCCAGUUCAAGGGAACAGAGGGUCCAAAGUUCGAGGUGCAUGAAGAGGCCAAGCGUUUGUGUAUGAGCGGCUGCUUGUUUGCCCUGACCAUGCCGGAUCUCUAUGGCCGAUCACCGAACCCUAAGCAUGAUACACUCAUGCCAUACCUCUUGAAGGGCGUGCAGGACGAGAACGGCCUUUGCUUCAACUUCAUACAGGAAGCUAUCAAGCGAUUCGAUGACGACGAGGCUUUCCCUGCUUUGUUCAACGAUGCCAUGGUUCAAAUCAGCAGCAAGCUGGGUACAAUCUCUAUGGACCAGGAUUACAAGCCGUAUAUCCAGGCCAUGUUGACGUACACCAGAUUCCCUCCUCUAAUCGUGAACCUCGCCAAACACCCAACCUUCACCAUGGCUCAGUCAGCUGCUGGAAUCGAAAAGCACACCCUCUUGGGUCCGUUCUUCCGCAUCUCACCACUUCAGAAUGAAGUCAUCAAGAGCUAUUUCCCUGGGGCUCGUGGUCUUGACAAGGGUAGAAUCGCAAACUCACAAGACGCUUUGCGAAUGGUGCUGAGGACACACCAAGAUGAUCUUUUCGCGAUCACAAACGCCUUUAUCCGCGCCGGCCAGGAGACCAGAUCUCGAACCCUGGACUGGUUCGCCUACAUCAUGAACUCAAAUCACAAGAGGAGGGCACUACAAGUUGACCCUAGAGAGGUUGCUUCCAACGGAUUUAUGAUUAACGUGACCACGAUUCUAGACCGAUUUUGCGAACCCUUCAUGGAUAUGGAUUUCAGCAAAGUAAACAAGAUUGAUGACAACUAUUUCCGAAAGCAACCACGGAUAAAUAUCAGCGAUGAGACAAAGCUGAACGCAGACCAGUCAUACGCGGAUUCUUUCUAUGCGAACAAGAUCCCUGGUGAAACCAACUUCAUCUCGGAGGCUUUCUUCUUGACCCUAGCAGCGCAUCACUAUGGAAGUGAAGCCUGCAACUCCCAACUGAAGAAUUUGGACAGGGAUAUAAAGUAUCUGGAGAAGAGAGUCAAGAUUAUGGAGGCAGAUCGUAUCAAGUUCGUGAACAAUCCUGUCCAACUUCAACAAUAUGACAAGGCUGUUCAGAGGCACGUCGAUGCUCUCGAGAAGAGCAUUGCUGUCAAGCUUUCCAUCGAAGGUGUCCUGCUUGAUGAACGGAUGCAGAGCACUUCAUUGCGUUUCAUGCGCAUUGUGGCUGUGUGGUUGCUUCGUUUGGUGACUCGAUCAGAGUACAAGCCUGGCCAAGAGUCGAAGGAGAUACAACUCCCCCUUCCUGCGGAGAAGUCAGAUGUAUUCUCAUGUCUUCCAGAGUAUACGCUACAGAAUAUCGUGGACAAUUUUAAGUUCAUAUUUAGGUGGCUACCUAAGAUUCUCCCCAGCGCUGUUGGCGAUGAAAUGAUUGCGCUUUGCGUAACAUUUCUCCGCUCAACUGAGUACAUCAAGAACCCGUACCUCAAGUCCUCAUUGGUCUCACUACUCUUCUCGGCGACUUGGCCAUUGAUGCAUCUCAAGCGAGGUGUUCUGGGCGAUCAGCUUGUUGGCAGCAAGUUUGCCAAUGAUCAUCUUCUCAAGGGCUUGAUGAAAUUUUACAUCGAGUGCGAGUCAACGGGCGCGGAUUCUGCUUUCUAUGACAAGUUCAACAUUCGAUACGAGAUCUUCCAAGUGAUCAAAUGUGUUUGGGUCAACGACCACUACAAGCGACAAUUGACACGGGAGAGUCGAGUCAACAAGCAGUUCUUUGUUCAAUUUGUCAACAUGUUGUUGAACGAUGCUACUUAUGUCUUGGAUGAAGCUUUAACCAAGUUCCCCAAGAUUCGUGCUAUUGAGAAGGAACUUGAAGAUCCGUCAAUACCACAAGAGGAUCGCCAGAAGAAGGAGGAGGAGAUGCAACAGCUGGCUAACCAGGCCACGUCUUUCAUGCAGUUGGCCAACGAGACGCUUGAGAUGAUGAAGCUUUUCACAGAGGCUAUGAGUGAAGCCUUCACUAUGCCCGAAAUUGUGUCUCGUCUGGCAAGCAUGCUCAACUACAACCUGGAGACGUUAGCGGGAAAGAAGGCGGCUGCCGAGCUCAGUGUCUCUAACAGAGACAAGUACCACUUCCGCCCUAUCCAGAUCAUUUCAGACAUUGUCGACAUCUAUCUCAACCUCGGCAACUCACCAGUCUUCAUUGACGCCGUUGCUGCAGAUGGUCGAUCUUACAAGCCUGAAGUGCUGGAGCGCGUUUCACGCAUUCUCAUCUCCAAGCACCAGAAGGAUCCUGCCGAUGUUGCUCGCUGGGACAAGCUCAGGGUGAAGUUUGUCGACGCCAAGACACUCCUCGACCAAGCGGAACUCGACCUGGGUGACAUCCCUGCCGAGUUUGAGGACCCCAUCAUGGGUGAUCUCAUGAAGGAUCCUGUCUUGCUACCCAGUAAGCAUAUUGUUGACCGAUCAACCAUUGUCCAGCAUCUCCUAAGCGAUCCUAAGGAUCCUUUCACAAGACAAGCCAUGACUAUCGAUGAUGCAAUUCCACAAACGGAACUAAAGGAGAGGAUUGAGCAGUGGCGAGAGGAGCGGGUGCAAGCUGCCAAGGACAAGUUGAAGAGCGAUGUCAUGGAUACCACAGAGGGUUAAGAUCAUGCAAGAGAAUGGUUUUGAAAAAGGGGAAUUAUGUGAUUAGACGUGUUCUGUUGUCUGUCGAAGAUCGGGGAUGGUGCAUGUGUACUUCACUUCGCUCAUGGCGUGAGCACGGAGAAAUGGUCUGCUUAGAAGGGACAGUUUACAUGAGAUGACAGAUCAGGUAUGAUGACAAACAGCGGUUCAGGAACUGCAGCGCAUUUUUACAUGAUAAAUAUCUUGUU